CUACUACUACUACUACUACUACUACUACUACUACUACUACUACUACUACUACUACUACUACUACUGCUACAAUUUAUUAUUAUUAUUAUUAUUAUUAUUAUCAUCAUCAUCAUCAUCAUUAUCAUCAUUAUGAUUAUUAUUAUCAUUAUCAUUAUUAUCAUUAUAUUAUUAUUAUCACUAUAUUAUUAUUGUCAUUAUAUUAUUAUUAUUAUUAUUAUUAUUAUUAUUAUUAUUAUUAUUAUUAUUAUUAUUAUUAUUAUUAUUAAACUAUUUACUAAUUACGUCUUUACUGUUCUGCUGUGAUGAUUAGUCAGUAUGACGUAUUUAAAUUGUCUCUUAAAAACUGCAGCAAGCUGUUCAAAUGAUUGUGAGAGUUCGUUAUUGCGGGGAUUCUCAAAAUGAAUCGAACAAAUAUAAAGUUGAUUAAACCUGGUUAAAAAAUUUAUGAAAAGUAGAAAAUUAAGAUAUUAAAGCAUUUUGCAUUUGAAAUGUUGGAAGACCUUUAUCGGUAAGCGAUCUUAUGAGAUUAAUUAAUAGCAGCUUUUUAAUUCUUCAUAAAAUGUUUUUAUAUAGAAAUAAGAUUAUAGAAUUAAAUAAUAUAAAUUUGACUGAUAAAUUACGAAGGUUUUUACCUCAUACUGUACAAUUAAAAAAAAAAAAAUAAACAAAAUCAUAAAAGUGCAAUUACAAUGGUGUAGUGAAGAAUAUUUUUAAGAUUGAGAAAAAUUUAGAAAAAAAAAAAAAUGAAUAUUGAAUAAAAGUGCAAAAUGCUUAUUCGAAAUAUUAUAUAUAUAUAUUAAUCCAUAUUAAUAGUUUUUUGUAGAAAUUCUUUGUAUCCACAUCUUAAUAAAAAAGAAAGUUUAGACGAAUAAUAAAAAUUUAUAAUUUAAAAAAAUAUAAAAAAAAAUUGAAUAAAUAUCAAAUAUGGUGCUAAGUGCAGGAAGUUUGAGAAACCCUGCUCUAUCGAAUUAUGUUCAAAAUAUUCUUUUUAAGUUCUAUAAUAUUAUUUUUGAAUAAAUAAUUUUUUAUCGAUCAUAUGAAUAAGAUAGAAAUAUCGAUUAAAUAUUCUCAUAAUUUUCUUAUAAUUAUUAUAAUUAUGAAUAAGUUUUCAAACUAUGGAAUCAAAAUCGAACAAAUACAAUUUUAUAAUGCAACAAUUUGCAAUAACUAGAUUUUACUGGCGUAAAAACCAUUAUGUAUAACCAAAUUUCUCCUGGAUAUUUUUUUCAUGAAUAGGAAUUAAAUAAAUGUCACGUGUUGACGGCGUGAGAAUAGUCGUCAUAUUUUUAUUCUUUUGAAAUGAGAUGCACAAGUUUCUCUAAUGUGAUCAUCUUUCAGUUAAUAUUUCUUCAACUGGUUAUUUUAUUAAAAAUAAAUUUAAAUAACAAAAUUUAAUAAUGAUAAAGUUCGUCCGACCGCGAUUAAUAACAUUUGAUGUUACUGAUACGUUAUUGAUGACAAAUUUGGAAAAACAUUAUGCUGAAAUUGGUUCUCAACACGGUCUGUCAAUUGAUCCACAUAAAUUGGCGCGAAGCUUCAAAAACAACUUUCGUAAACUUAGUUUAGAACAUCCUGUUUAUGGUAAACACACAGGCAUUGGAUGGAAAAAUUGGUGGAGACAAAUAGUUCAUAAUAUUUUCAAAGAGCAACAUAAUUACAUUUCUGAUGCUACUUUGGAUAAGGUUGCUAACAGUUUGAUAAAAUGCUAUGGUACGAGCUUAUGUUGGCAUAAAUAUCCUGGCACAAUCGAAUUACUGGAAUAUCUUCGAGAAAAGGACUUGAUUUUGGGUGUAAUAUCAAAUUUCGAUGAGAGAUUGGAAGCGGUACUUAAAGACACAAGGAUACGUUUUUAUUUUUCUUUCGUUUUAACAUCUUAUGAUUUCGGUAUUGAGAAACCAGAUACUUUAAUAUUUAAUGAAGCUCUUAGGUUAACAAAAGAACGACAUAAUAUCGACAUAAUUCCCCAACAAGCGAUACAUAUUGGUGAUUCUAUUAGUAAUGAUUAUAUUGGAGCGAAAAAUGCUAACUGGAAUGCUAUUCUUGUUCAACAUAAUAAUGAUGUUAUAGAUGAAAAAAAAGUCCCUACGAAGGAUGUGUUUAGAAAUCUUCAAGAUUUGAAAGUACAUCUUUCUACACUUUUAGAUAAAGAUAUGUAAUGUACAUAAUAUAGUCAAAUAAAAAUUAAAAAUAUAGUAUUUUAUAAAUCA